AUGGAGAUUCGUGGCACGGUGGAGCGGCUGGAGAUGGAGAAGUCCGAGCUCGAGUGGCAGGCCGAGGUGCUGCGGUGCCAGUUGGCCAGGCAGCGCAAGAGGGUCACCACAGGGAGUGGCGGGGGGAGGCAAGCGACAUCGAGGCCAUCCGAGGCCAGCGCAGAGAUGAGCGACGUCGAUCAGCGCAAGGUGCUGACCGGCAGAGGCAAGAAGACCCAACUCGCAGACGGUUCCUUGGGGAACUGGGCGGCGUCGCCCUCAGAAGAGCACAACACCUUGGCGGCCAGGCCCAGCAUGCUCAACAUUCCAGACUGCGACGAGGCGCCGCCUCGCCACCGAGAUCCCGCUGCCGACCUGGAGGGGGACGGAGAGGGCGCCACUGAGGACGAGAAGUCGCAGUAUUCCGAGGAGGAGCGCUUCCCGCCGCGGUCGGAGUACAUGAAGGAGCUGAGGGAUGUGCUAAACAAGGAUCAAACGUUCGCCCUCGACCAUUUGACGCGCGCGCCAUCGCGGCAGUUGUCGCGGAUGUCGCACUUGGCGGCGAGUGUACCUCGCACGUUCCUCUACAUCGCAUCCCCCCGCAGUGCGACACGGACCGCAUGGGAGGUUGCGGGCGCUAUCUUUGUUUGCUGGGAUUUGUUCGUUAUUCCUUUGGCAGUCUUCUGUUAUCCAAUGAAUGGAUUGGCAAUUGCGAUGGAGUGGACCACGCUUCUUUACUGGACCCUCAACGUGCCGCAGACUCUCACUGUGGGCUACGAGGCGGGGCUGAAAACUGUGAUGUCUCCUUCUUCAAUUCUGAUUCGAUACCUGAAAGGCUGGUGCAUCAUCGACAUGGUGGUGCUGGUGCCAGACUGGAUCAUUGCUGUGCUCGGCUUGGGAAGCAAUACUGACCAGCAUACUUCGUGCGACAGUGCUGUUGAGGGCACCGGGGCUGUCAAAUUGCUCAGAAAUUUACGCCUCAUGCGCCUUGUUCGGCUCACGCGGAUUACACGGUUGCAGAAGAUGUGGCAGUUGGUGAAAGAAAGGAUAUUGGCGGAUAUUCAUUGA